UGUUUCUUUCUUUGACGGGGUGCACAGCACAGACUGCCCAUGUCCUGGGAGAUGAACAUUCUUGGCUCAGCCAUGAAUAACUGUGUGCUCCUGGAGGAACUGCUGAUCAAGAAAUCCCAGCAGAAGAGAAGGACGUCACCCUCCAACUUUAAAGUGCGCUUCUUUGUCCUGACCAAAUCCAAGCUGGCUUACUAUGAACAUCGCCAUGGGAAAAAAAGGACUUUGAAGGGUUCUGUGGAACUUUCCAGGAUUAAAUGUGUGGAAAUUGUGAAAACUGACAUCAUCAUUCCCUGUCAGUACAAAUACCCUUUCCAGAUUGUCCAUGACAAUUACAUCCUCUACGUGUUUGCCCCCAACCGUGAGAGCCGGCAGAGAUGGGUCCUCACGCUGAAGGAAGAAACCAGAUACAACAACAGUUUGGCUUCCAAGUGUCAUCCAGACUUUUGGUUAGAUGGCAAGUGGAGAUGCUGUGCUCAGACAGAGAAGAUGGCAGCUGGCUGUGUGGUAUAUGACCCCACCAAAAACGCCUCAAAGAAGCCUCUUCCUCCCACUCCUGAAGAUAACUGGAAAUUGUUGCUAGACCCCAGGGAAGCCGUGGUCAUAGCCAUAUAUGACUAUGAAGCCCAGAACUCAGAGGAGCUGACAUUACAACAUAAUGAGGAAUAUUAUGUCAUUGACAGCUCUGAGGAGCAUUGGUGGCUGAUUCAAGAUAAGAAUGGGCACGAAGGCUUCGUGCCAAGCAGCUACCUGGUGGAAAAAUCACCCGAGAAUCUGCAGGUUUAUGAGUGGUACAAUAAGAACAUCAGCAGAAGCAAAGCAGAAACUCUGCUCAGGGAUGAGGGUAGAGAAGGGGCCUUCAUGGUGAGAGAUUCGAGGCAGCCUGGCAUGUACACAGUCUCUGUUUUCACCAAAGCAUUAAGCACGGACAACAAUCCUGUUGUAAAGCAUUAUCACAUCAAUGAGACAACUGACUUUCCCAAGCGAUACUACGUGGUAGAAAAGUGCGUGUUUGACUCCAUCCCUGACCUCAUCAACUACCACCAGCACAAUGCAGCAGGUCUCGUGACACGGCUGCGGUACGCCGUCUCCUCCUGGAGGAAACAGGCUCCCAUCACUGCAGGGCUCUGCUAUGGAAAAUUGGUCAUUAAUGCCUCUGAGCUCACCUAUGUGCAAGAGAUUGGCAGUGGUCAGUUUGGGGUGGUCUACCUGGGCUACUUGCUGAACAAGACCAAAGUAGCCAUAAAGACCAUCCGUGAAGGAGCAAUGUCUGAGGACGAUUUCAUCGAGGAAGCCAAAGUCUUGAUGAAGCUGUCUCACCCCAAGCUAGUCCAGCUUUAUGGUGUGUGCCUUGAGGAUGCUCCCAUCAGCCUGGUGUUCGAGUUCAUGGAGAACGGCUGCUUGUCCGACUACCUCCGGAGCCAGCGGGGCAGAUUCUCCAAGGAAACACUGCUGGGGAUGUGCCUGGAUGUGUGUGAAGGAAUGGCUUAUCUGGAACAAAACUCUGUCAUCCACAGAGACCUGGCUGCCAGGAACUGCCUGGUGGGGGAAUCCCACGUGGUGAAAGUGUCCGACUUUGGGAUGUCGAGGAUUGUCCUGGAUGAUCAGUACACCAGCUCCACAGGUACCAAGUUUCCAGUCAAGUGGUCUGCCCCAGAGGUUUUCUCCUACAGCAAGUACAGCACCAAAUCUGACGUUUGGUCGUUCGGAGUGCUGAUGUGGGAGGUUUUCAGUGAAGGUAAAAUCCCCUACGAGAAUCGCACCAAUGCAGAAGUGGUGGAAGAAAUCAACGCAGGAUUUCGGCUCUACAAACCCAAGCUGGCCUCCAAGGCCAUUUAUGAGGUGAUGAGCCACUGCUGGAGGAUGGGGAAAGAUGAGCGGCCAUCCUUUUCUCUUCUGCUGUUUCAGCUGCGUGAAAUCUCUGAGUUUGAUGUGUAAUCAUGGCACUGUGUGCUCAGCACAGCCAAGAGCGUCCUGAGAAGAGAGAAGGCUGGAUUUUCCCCAACAAAGCAUUAACAGGAAUCCUCUCACCAUAAACACUUGCCCUAUGCCUGGGGAGAAGGAGAGGGCAGAGGCUGGUACUUCUAGACAGACAAGAUAUCCCCAGGUGUUCCAGAGCCUAGGUAGACACAAGCUUUGGUUUGGCCAAGAGUGUGGUUUGCAUCUUAAAACCCGAAGUCACUAUUGAGCAUGGAGUCCUGAACCACAGUCCAGCAAGGGUGUUUCUCCUGAAGAGUCAGCCUCAAAAUUAAGAGAUCUGACAUUGCUGUUCUAUUUCUGUGAGCUCCCAAAUGAAGGUCUUCCCUGGAGGGAGAUAAAAAAAAGCUUUCUUUAACUGAGGAGGAAUGUUUAGACAUUUCCCUGGCUCUCAAUUCAGAGUGGGCUGGACCUGAAAGCUCUGAACAGGAAUAAGCCUGGGAGACACAGAAGCAGGCUGGAUUUAGUGACUGCAUUUCUGAUGCUGGUAUUUCAAGGUGGUUUUGUUUUCCCUUUGCAUGAUUUUCCCUGCAACUGUGGCAUAACAGGAACAGGAUUUGGAUACCUGGUAAGCUGAAGUGGUGUCUGUGUGUGCAUGCAAGUUUGUGAGAAAGGAAAAGAAAUUUAUGUAAUGAAGAGUCUUGAAAUUCUCACAAAUUGCAUUGUACAAUGAGUGGGAAAAUGGGACUCUGAUGCAAAUGAAGACAUUCUUGAAAGGGGGAAGUCAAAGCUGAAUGUUUAUAUUGAUUUUUUCUUCAGUCUUUCUAUAUCAAAAGAUUAAUAUGUGACCACCCAAUUUCUUUGAACAAAGUAUGGAGGACUGAGCAGUGCAGAGUGUUCUGUGUUCCCAGUCCAGGACAAGACAGUCCCAGAAUCUGAUUACCUGUGAAAGGUACAGGAAUCUACUCCUGAACUGGUGUGUUGGGCAGGAAGGAGCCAGAGGCUCAGGAGGGAGCCAGGAGGAGAAAACAUGCAGAGUAUGUCUCAGUGCACCAGUGACCAUAAGAAGAAUUUUCUCUUACUUUAAAAAGUAGCAGAAUCACCACAAGACUUCAUCUCCCCUGUGAACAAAGGCACUGACCACAGAAAAAGCCCAGUGUGAAUGACGUGCCUGGGUUCUUCCUCCUCAAGGAGUUCCA